AUGCUAUGUAUUCCAGAAUGUGAGAAUGGUUGGGGAUGGAGGAAGUUGAGGGAGGCUUCGGUAGAGCAAGGGAAAGAAAAAACCAAGGAAGGUGGUCUGCAUGGAGGAGCCAAACCGAGUGAUGGAAGAGGGAAACUGAAACACUAUGAGAGAUCGAAUAAGGAGGUCCUUGCGACGUCGAUACCGAGAGCUGCGAAGGAGAAGGUGGCUGGUGCGAAGGUUUUGGACAGAGGUAAGGGACGUUGGCAACGUGAUGGUACGGUGAACCAUGCCCAUGGCAGGGCAUCUGUCGAGUGUCAGUCAUGGGAAAUGCAAAGGAAGUUGUUGGAAAUGCAGGGGCAGCUACGCGCAUUGCAGAAGGAUAUGGCUACUAUAGUAGCAUUUGUCGGUUCAUUAAAGGAAAGUCAGGGAACAGAUAAGCUGAAGGAUGAUGGGCCGAGUUUCACUCGGAAGAAGGCUCAACAGAAAGGCAAAUACAACAAAGGAUGGAACGUUUGGCGCCGGGCUAAAUCACAAGAACAUUUUGGGGCUGGGCCGUCUGAUGUUAAGGCCCAUGGUAUCGAACCACAGCCUAAGGCCCAUUCAGGCGGGUCGUUAUCCAAGACCCAAUUAAACGGGUCUGGAUCCCGGCCAACAGAACUUGCGAAACCGAGUUCUAGCCCGAUACAUUCCAUCGAACUUCACGGGCUUGGGUUCAUGCCGGACAACAUACAGACGGCGCCGACAGAGGUAGUGGGGUCGCCGGUGUGGUCUCGCCGGAGUCUUGUGCUCAAAAUCCCCUGUUAGGAGUAGAAGCUAGGGUUCCUUCGGCUCUGGAGAAUCAGAGCUCGCGGAUGAGGGAGGCUGGGGUGUCUCUGAUUCCAGCAGCAGGGUUGGGGAGACCAGUAGAGGACCUCGAGUUGGCUGAGGUUGAAGAAGACUCGGAUGACUUCGUGCAUUCUGUGGAAGAUGAACUUUUCAUCCCAUGUGGUUUGGAGGAUUUUUCUAUGGGAAGUGAAUUUCAGAACCAGAAUAAUAAGAUGGAGAAUCCUACCUCAUUAAAUUAUUAUUUUCCAGAUCAAGCAUCAGAUUGGGUUAUACAUAAAGCUAAAGAAAUUCAACAUGUUGUGAGAAUUGAGUGUGUUGGGUAUGAGGAGCAGUUUAUAGCCUUGUUAACUGCUAUGGAAGCUGGCCAUCAUCAAGAAAAGAGGGGGAGCACAAAGAAGAGUCGGGAAUUAAAAAGAUUAAUGCGGUCGAUGAACUCGGAAGCAAGUUCUAGUAGGAAUAAGGCAAAUGGGAAGGGGCUGAAUGUUCUCCAAUGAAGCCUAAGAUUUUAUCUUGGAAUGUCCGGAGUCUAAACGAGGUAGAGAAGCGUCUUCGGAUUCGUCGUCUACUUCGUGAAUGAAAAGCGGACAUAGUAUGUUUACAAGAGACAAAGCUGAAGUUGAUUAGUAGGAGGAUUAUUCGGAGUUUUUGGAGUAAUAUUUAUGUGGAUUGGGUAUAUUUGGCCUCUUCAGGGGCUUCGAGAGGAGUAGUGAUAAUGUGGGAUAGACGGGUAGUAGAGAAAGUGGAGGAGUACAUAGGGAGAUAUAUGGUAGCUUGUUCUUUUAAAAGUGUAUCAGAUGAUUUUUUGUGGGCAUUUGCAGGAGUGUAUGGGCCUAACUUAGAUGCCAAUAGAAGUAUAUUAUGGGAUGAACUUGCAGGGGUACAAAGUUGGUGGGACCUCCCUUGGUGUAUUGGGGGGGAUUUCAAUGUGGUGCGCUUCCAGAGUGAAAGUCUAGGAAGUAGAAGAUUGAGACCAGCAAGCCUGGAGUUCUCAGAGUUUAUCUUUGAUUUAAACUUGGUAGAUCUUCCAUUAGCAGGGGGUCCAGCUACUUGGUCAAAUAAUCAGACGUGGUCCCGCUUGGAUCGUUUUCUGAUUUCUCCUGAGUUUGAAAGCCAUUUUCCGGAUGUAUGGCAAAAGAGUUUGAGUCGUAUAACUUCGGAUCAUUGGCCUAUUCUACUGGAUUGUGGAGGUGUUCGUAACAGCAGAAGGUAUUUUAAGUUUGAAAAUAUGUGGUUGAAGUCAGAAGGUUUUGUGGAAAGGGUUAAAAGAUGGUGGACUUCGUAUCAAUUUGAAGGUACAUCCAGUUUCAUUUUUGCAAACAAACUGAAAGCCUUAAAAAGGGAUCUAAAGGAGUGGAAUAAACAAGCUUUUGGAAAUGUGGAGGAGAACAAAAAUUCCAAGUUGAUGGAAAUUCAAUAUUUCGAAAGGCUACAAGAAGGGAGGUCACUAAAUCAAGAGGAACAAGCACAAAAAGUUUUGUUGGUUGCUGAUCU